CAACACACUACAACUUUGCGCAUUCUUCUCAGCCUUCGACAUCGAGCCUCCUGAGCAUAAGCUAAUGCAGUGAUUCAAAGGAAGUAUUGCCACAUUAACACAAAAUCGGUCCUCCAAGAGCGCGACCCGCUGCGAGAUUCAAAUCACAAGCUUCAUGUCUCAGUAGCAUUGAUAGCUCAGACGACAAGAUCCUCAUAAUCAUCAAAUUACAACCGGCGGGCUUCAAAAUGGGUUCUUCCGCAAUCGCAGAUCAAUACUUUACAUACGAUAGUCGGCUGUCAUCGUUCCAGACCGCGCAUCAAUUAGCAAAGAGACGUGCUUCGAAUGCGAGUACAAAGGGUUCGAAAUCUAUUAAAUGGCCGCACAAGUUUAUGACUGGAGAAGAACUUGCUAGAGCAGGCUUCUUCUACCAUCCCACUCAAAGCAAUCCCGAUAACGUUGCCUGCUUUCUUUGUCAUAAAAACCUCGAUGGAUGGGAAGAGGACGAUGAUCCCCUGGCCGAACAUCUCAAACUCUCUCCAAACUGUGGAUGGGCUAUUGUCGCGUCGAUCGAGAAGGGUGACGAGGAAUUGAGUCUGCAAUACCCUGCCAGCAGCUCUAUGAUCGAAGCCCGAAAAGCUACUUUCGCAGACCAUUGGCCACACGAGGGAAAGAAGGGAUGGAAAUGCAAGACAAAACAGAUGGUGGAUUCGGGGUGGAAAUAUACUCCAACAUCAGAUUCAGAUGACAUGGCCACGUGCGUGUAUUGUUCCCUCGCUUUAGAUGGGUGGGAACCGGCGGAUAAGCCAAUGGACGAACAUUUUAAACGCUCCAGCGACUGUGCCUUCUUUACUCUCAUCAGCAAUCACAAACAAAGUCCAGCAGUUAAGAGGACAAAAGGCAAGGGUCGAGCAUCCAAGGUCUCUCGAUUAUCGACCCAAUCUGCUCUCACUGUGGCAUCGGAAGCACCUUCAGUAUCGGAACUUGCGGCCGAAGACGACGACAGUAUCCUCACGACCGCGACAAACGCGACGGCAACUACUCGAGGCAAGAAGAUGGGCAAAGCUAAAAAAGCUGCCCCAGCAAAGAGGACCCGGGCGAAGAAGGGUGAACCGGUCGAGGUGGUGGCUGCAAUGGAGCCGGAGGAUGAUAACCUCGAAGUAAAGGUAGAGGUAGCACCGAAGCCAACUCGAGGUAGAAAGAGGAAGAGUGACGAAGAUACUGAGUCUGUACCUCCAUUGGAGGACAUGGCACCUCCCCCAAAACGAAGAGCGACGCGGACAAGAGCAAGCACGGCCAUGGACGAUUCUGUCAUAAGGCAGGCUGAACUCCCAAAGCCUGCAGGCAGGAAGGGUCGAGCAUCUCGUAAGACAUCAGCCGCCUCUGUAGCAUCCAUGAGAGCGCCUGUUCCCGAUGACGAUGAGAUAGAUAGAGCUCUCGAGGCAGGUCUUGCUCGAUCACUAACUGAUGAUGAAGAGGAACCCGCAGAGAUGUCUACGACAAGCCACAUUCAGAAUACCAAUCAUGCCUUGUUCGACACCGAACCAGUGCGGAUUGAUGAGGCUGUCAUCGAUGCAGAGUUGGAGGCUAUGGAGACGGAAUCGAAGCCAUUGCCCAAAGCAAAGGGUGCCAAAGCAAAGCAGCCUCGAAAGGUGUCUGCUAAGCAACGUGCUGCAGCUAAGAAAGCAGAAGCAGAAGCGGAAGCAGAACGUCUUGCAGCUGAAGAAGCAUCGCAACAGAUUGCAGCUGAACUUGAGCACAGCAUUUCAAUGCAGCAAUCUUCUCCAGUGGUUGUUCCCAAGAAACAAAGAGCCUCAACACGCCAACCAACAAAACAACUUCCUGGGCGAGCUACAAGGGCCUCUGUGAUGGAUAAUGCUGACAAUGAUACUGUUAUGGAUGACGAGACUGCACAAGAUGAGAAUGAUUCUGGCAACGAGACCGACGCAAGCAUGGCUAGCCAAUCUACCGUUGUAAGAGGUGGCUCUACUAGGCGAGGCAGUACCAUGAAAAAGGGAACAGGUGGUAAGAAAGACUCAAGCAGGAACAUCGAAGAAAUUGUCCACAAAGGUUCGGAAUCUGAAGCUCCUCAUUUUGAGGAAGCACCUCGUUCAGCUAGGGGCAUGAAGAUAAACCACGCAGAGGAAAUCACUGUCACGGAGGAAGUUUAUUAUGCUCAACCUGAUGCAGCACAGCCCGAACAGAAGGAAGAGGAGCCGGCUCCAGAGCCUACAAAAGCCAAAGCGACCAAAGCGAGAGGCAGGCCACGGAAGAUUUCUGCUCAGAGAGAGCCACUUCCACUGAUGUUGACGAAGUCAGUCAACACCAAGCCUGCGGAGGAGCCAACUCCAGUUGAAGCGACGACUUCAAUGCCCGGAGCAAUGCCCUCGUCAUCGCCUCGAUCACCUACUCCACCGCCCAAAGAGAUGACUCCGUCUCAGUCCCCUCAAUCUUCUGACGCCGAGAACCAUCCUCCGUCGUCCAAACCGUCGGCUGCGACUAAGAAGACCGUGACACCUCACUCCUCUGCUAGACGUAUCCCACUCGCAGAUGCGACACCCGGAAUGCUAUCGCCCUCAAAACGCAAUAUCAUUGCCGGUCUCCAAUCCAAUGUUCCUUGGACAGCCGUUGAUCUGGAUGCCGUCUUCAUGAAAUCCCCUAGCGGCGAGAACACUGGAAAUAUUUUCGGUGGUGCGAUAGAAAAGGCUAAAAAUGGAGUGUUGACCAGUCCAGAGAAGAAGAUGACUGUUGAAGAGUGGAUUAAGUAUAAUGCCGAAGUAGCCGAGGAGAAGCUGAAAGGAGAGUGUGAGAGAAUGGUAGGGUUGUUUGAGACGGAGGGGACAAGAGCCAUGCAGGCCUUAGAAGGCGUUGAAUAUCUUGAAUGAUUAAUAUGGGUUUGUUGGUGACGAGCAGUAUAUAAAUACGUAGUGAACUUUAUGGCGUCUGGGAGUUUAGAUGCACGGCUUGUGGAUUGUGGUAUUGCAAUUCAAUUCAUGAGAAUAUGAGAU